GUCCCUACUGUUAACUGAAGAAAUUUUGACCAAAAUAGGAAAGAUCAGACCCUACCUGUCACUUCUAACAAAAAGAAAACCUUCAAGGUUGGGCAAAAAUUUCCAAGGAAAAGAAGGAUUUUCAAAGGUUUUAAGUAGGGAAAGCUUGGGGUUAAAGACGCAAGACGUGUAACUAAGAUAGCCGAGAGAAACGUUAUCUGUACCUGACACUUGAGGCGGGAAUACUACACGGGAACACCAUAGGAUCAUCAAAGUUGCAGACAUGGUGACUCACAUGGCGAGCUCGAGAAUGACUACGGCGUUUUGGGGCUGCACUUUUUUGGGUUUCCUCGUCUUCGUUGGGAUCGGCUUCAUUUCCACAAACAUGUAUGAGGACAGCAUGCCGAGUUCAAACUGGGCGCCACCUCACAAGAUGCCCAACAGGAAAUUUUCCGGCACACGUGGUGAAGAAAUCUGUGACGUCAAGCAAAACUUCGUGUUCGUGAAGGUACACAAAGCAGGAGGAACAACAGCAACCUGCAUCUUCCAACGCUUCGGCUACGAACACAACCUGACCUUCGUUCUUCCAAUGAAUAUCAAUAGUGACAUCGGCUGGCCCAACAUCUUCAAACGAGAAGACUUCAUUCCGUCGGCGGACGGCACAUUUAACCUUCUAGUUGAUCACACUGUCUAUCAUAGGAAGUUGUUAGAUCAUAUCAUGCCUCCCGAUACUGUCUACAUUGCUAUACUUAGACAUCCACUAGCUCAACUCAGAUCUGUUUUCAACUGGUAUGGCCUUGCCAAAAGGUUCCCUGAAUUGAAAGGAGUUCGAGUAGACCCUGUUGCUUCGUUCCUGAAAGAUCCCGAAAAAUACCAAAUUCCUCUCGUUGCCCGGUCAAAAGCACCUCACACCCUUUCCAAGAACUUCAUGGCGUACGAUCUUGGAUUCCCUCCAGGACUUUUUGAUGACCGAUCCUCUGUCGAUGAGUUUGUUCAAAAGAUAGCUAGAGAAAUUGAUUUGGUUCUUAUUUUAGAGCACUUCAGCGAAUCGCUUGUAUUGUUGAGGCGGAUGAUGUGCUGGAAGUUGAAAGACAUUCUGUAUAACGUUAGUCCCAAAAAUCUACGGAAAUAUACAAAACCUACAACAGAAAAUGCAAGUUUAGUUGAGGCUCAUCGUCGCUGGAGCAAUGUGGAUUAUUUUUUGUAUGAUCAUUUCAAUGCGACGCUUUGGCAGAAAAUUCAAGACGAGGACAACGAUUUUCACCAAGAGGUGCGCCAUUUUGAAAACGUACUGCAGUCAAUGACCACAUACUGUACCAAGGCAAUCCUGGAAUUCGAAGUUCAGAAGAGACUGGUCACUCGUAGAGCUAGGGCAGCAAUCAAGAAGGUACCAAAUGUAACGCUAGUUACUACGUGGGAAGUUAACAAUGCAGCGGGAAGGCAGACAAUUCCGAGAACAGCUUGGCACGAUCAGUUUGAUAUAGAUCCGCACUUGUGCCUAAAGCUGAGAAUGGAAUGGCAGGACUGGGAAUACGUUUUGAAAAAGAAACACAAGCUGAUGGUGAAAAACGGUUCAGAUACAGUCAGAAGCGCUAUACAAUUCAACCAUCUGAAAAUUCUGGAUCAAACACUACUUUCUAAUGUCUUCAACAUGACGUACGAACAGGACGUGCAAUGACAAAAGACAGCGUUUUAAAAGUUAGAUAUUCUUAGUGAUUGUGUUUCUGUAAGCUAUAUGGAUGUCAUCUUCUAGGAAGCCCAAAAACUGAUGCGAAAAUUAUUGCCAUGGCGACGGUUUUAUUGUUUAUAAGUAUGAAUGAUUGUUGGUGUUGGUGUGCUUUACUUUUCGUGUUCUAUCCAUUCGCCUGACUGUAUGAAUAUGCAUUUUACGCGAUUAAUGUUUGUAGGGCAUUGCUGACAACAAGAAAGGAGGUUUGACUUUCUUAUGAGUGAGGAGUGACCUAUUGUAAAUGUUUCUCAUUGAUUCCACAAAUGAGGUCCUCUUUUGCAUAAAUCAUAUCUUCUCUAUCUAAAUAACAAAAUGCUCAUAUGAAUAUAAAAGUCUUAGCAAGGAGCAUUUUCUACUAAACUCCAGUUUGCAGUUUUUGCAGUUUACCAUUAUAAUGCCAAAUGUCGCAAGAAUUAAAUUCUCAUCCUUUGA